UUUACUCCCUCACUCGUCUGAAGGAGGAGAAGAACAAGUAAACAUUGUCUCUCGUCUCUCUCGCUGCUAAGUAACGAUGGCGUCUCCACGAGCAAAUCUUGCUCUCCUCUCACUACUUUCUCUUUCACUCUUUCUAACUAUUUCCGCUGAAGUUUUUUUCGAAGAGCGAUUCGAAGAUGGAUGGGAAAAUCGAUGGGUUAAAUCUGACUGGAAGAAGGAUGAGAACAUGGCUGGGGAGUGGAACUUUACUUCCGGUAAAUGGACCGGUGAUGCUAAUGACAAAGGUAUCCAAACCAGUGAAGACUACAGGUUUUAUGCCAUCUCUGCUGCAUUCCCAGAGUUCAGCAACAAAGGAAAGACAUUGGUUUUCCAAUUCAAUGUUAAACACGAGCAAAAGCUUGAUUGUGGUGGUGGCUACAUGAAGUUGCUCAGUGAUGAUGUUGACCAGAAGAAGUUUGGUGGUGACACUCCAUACAGUAUCAUGUUUGGCCCAGACAUUUGUGGAUACAGUACCAAAAAGGUCCAUGCAAUUCUUACAAAGGGAGACAAGAAUCAUUUGAUCAAGAAGGAUGUUCCUUGCGAGACUGAUCAGCUUACUCAUGUGUACACUUUCAUCCUUCGACCAGAUGCUACAUACAUCAUCCUUAUCGACAACUCUGAGAAACAGACUGGAAGUUUGUACAGUGACUGGGAUAUUCUCCCACCUAAGAAAAUCAAGGAUCCUGAAGCCAAGAAGCCUGAAGAUUGGGAUGACAAGGAGUACAUUGAUGAUCCUGAAGAUAAGAAGCCAGAGGGAUAUGAUGACAUUCCACAAGAGAUUGUUGACCCUGAAGCGAGACAGCCUGAAGACUGGGAUGAGUCAGAAGAUGGUGAGUGGACAGCUCCAACAGUUCCCAACCCUGAAUACAAGGGACCAUGGACAGCAAAGCAAAUUAAGAACCCCAACUACAAGGGAAAAUGGAAGGCACCUAUGAUUGACAACCCAGAUUUCAAGGAUGACCCUGAAAUCUAUGUCUACCCCAAGUUGAAAUAUGUGGGCAUUGAAUUGUGGCAGGUGAAAUCAGGAACUAUGUUCGACAACGUCUUGGUCUGCGAUGAUCCUGAUUAUGCAAAGAAGCUCGCAGAGGAAACAUGGGGAAAACAAAAGGAGGGCGAGAAGGCAGCCUUUGAUGAGGCCGAGAAAAAGAAAGAGGAAGAGGAAAAGGAUGAAGCAGGUGAAUCAGAUGAAGAUGAAAAGGAAGAUGAUGAGGCUGAUGCCGAAGAUUCUGAUAAGGAUGAAAAGGCUGAUGCAGAAGCAGAUGCUGAAGAUUCUGACAAUGAACAUCAUGACGAGCUGUAGGCGCAGAGAAACUUCCCAGCUUAACAGAUGAUUCGAAUAGCGAUUCUGUUGGAGUUAAAGUUUGAGGGUUUAGGCUUGCAAGAAAAAGUUUCCUGAUUUUUUCUUCAAUUUUUUCUUUAAGGUAGGAGUCUCCUUUUAGGGGAGUUGAUGUUUUAAGGCUGCACAAUACAGAAAAUGUAUGGGCUUGAUUUUUAGACCGCUUGAACUGAUAAUGUAAGCAAGAAUAACAUAUAAAGAUCUCUUUUAACUUCAACAGCUGCUCUGAAUGUCUCAUUAAGUUAAACUGCGUUACGCCUUUUCA